AUGACUGCUCUGUGGACUCUCUCUCUGCUGCUCUCUGCCAGUCUGCUGGGCUGUCUGGCAGAGACCUCUCCCGAUGGGAGCCCUCUGCCCCACAAUCUGCCUCCCUCGCUGGGCACCAACAGUAGCGAUGGCAGCCUGUCUGUGGAUCUACCCAUGGCUCUGAGGGUGUUCAGCAUGGACUAUCACCACGUACAGGCUCCCUUUGAGAUCGUGCUGUGGAUCAUGCUGGCCUCACUGGCCAAGCUGGGUUUCCACUGGUCAGGUCGAGUCCCUGCAGUUGUCCCCGAAAGCUGCGUCCUCAUCAUGGUGGGCCUCCUGGUUGGAGGUGUGAUCUAUGGGGUGCGCCACUCUGCUCCACCGACUCUCAGCGCCGAUGCUUUCUUCCUCUUUCUGCUGCCACCCAUCGUGUUAGAUGCGGGAUACUUCCUGCCAGGCAGGCUGUUCUUUGAAAACCUUGGUACAAUCCUCUGGUAUGCAGUGCUGGGGACCUUGUGGAACGUCCUGGGCAUCGGCCUGUCUCUGUACGGUGUUUGCCUGCUGGCUCAGAGCUCACUAGGAGAUGUCUCUCUGCUCCACUGCCUGCUGUUUGGCUCCCUGAUCGCUGCUGUAGACCCAGUGGCGGUGCUUUCUGUUUUCCAAGAGAUGCAAGUUAACGAACAGCUGCAUAUCCUGGUGUUUGGAGAGUCACUGCUCAAUGACGCCGUCACUGUGGUGCUCUACAAGCUUUUUGAGUCCUUCCUCCGUCUGCCAUCAGUGUCAGGGCUGGAUGUUUUGCUGGGGGGCUGCAGGGUGGUGGUGGUCGGAAUCGGGGGCUUGUGUGUAGGUCUCUUCUUCGGCCUGCUGGCAGCCCUCACCUCACGUUUUACCUCCAGGGCCCAAGUCAUCGCCCCGCUCUUUGUCUUCCUCUAUUCCUAUUUGUCUUACCUUACCUCAGAGAUGCUUCACCUCUCUGGGAUCAUGGCCAUAGUGACCUGUGCUGCUACAAUGAAACAGUACGUGGAAGCAAAUGUGUCGGAGCGCAGCAACACCAGCAUCCAGUACUUUCUGAAGAUGUGGAGUAGCGUGAGCGAGACCUUAAUCUUCAUCUUCCUGGGAGUGUCCACCAUACAGGACAUCCACAUGUGGAGCUGGCCGUUUGUGUGCUCUACACUGCUGCUCUGUCUCAUCUGGAGGGCCACGGGCGUGCUUUUGCUGACCGCGUUUGUGAACAAGCUCCGGAGGAACGCCGUGACCUUCCGAGACCAGUUCAUCAUUGCCUACGGUGGCCUGAGAGGGGCAAUCUGUUUUUCCCUGGUCUUCCUGAUUGAUGACUUCCCAAAGAAACGACUCUUCAUCACCACUACCAUCGUGGUCAUUCUCUUUACUGUCUUUGUACAGGGGAUGACCAUCAAGCCUCUGGUGGAGCUACUGUAUGUGAAGAGGAAGAAGAGAGCUCUGCCUACUCUCAGCGAGGAGAUCCACAGCAGGGUGAGAGAUUACAGGAAUCACAGCUAAGUGUGGAUUUGUGAUAGGGCUGUAGAUAACUCUGGACACUACUGAUUUUUAGAUAUCAGUAAAUUAGCAAAGACUGUCAAGGAUUAUGAUCUCAGAAGAGCAAGGCUUACUAACCAAAA